AAAAUUUAAAGACUUUACUUGUCUUCAAGCAACUGGCUAGCUACUGCAGUUUUCAAGAGUGAACAGCGAAAUAUUGGAAUACAAGAUGAAGACCUUCAUCAUCAUCGCAUUGCUGUCAGCACUAGCAGCCUGCUGUAGUGCCAGUGUCCUCCCGAGCGAGGAGAUGGCCGAAGGCAUCACUGUGGUGGAAAAUGCUGAUGAGGCAGAGCUCCAGAAAUUCCUGUCUACCCAUCCAGGACGCCUGGUGGAAGAACAUGUAUUCGAGAGCCACUUCUCCGUGCCAGCGAUUCCGGGAGAAGUUGUAACACACCGAAUCGAGUACAUUGGCGGACCAGACACUGUGAUGACCCGCACUUUUAGAAGCAUGUUUCCACCAUUGCCAGUAGAAGUGACCACUGAAGGCUGGCUGACCAACCGUCUCGUCAUGACCUUGACGUCAGAAGUCGGUGGCAGUUUGGUUGGUAAUGUGAUAUUUUAUGGACACAAGUACGGAUUUUAGUUAUUAAUACCGUAUAUUAUGUACUAAUGUCAGUAAGUCAAGCUACCUCACUCUGUCAAUAAAAUUUUCAACUUUAUAUCCGGACAAUACAGCUGAUAAUAUUUUUUGAUUGUAUCUUAUAAUGUAAUUAUGUAUCAUUAAAAUAACAUUAUAAUUUAAUAAAAAUUGGUUAUUUGUAUAA